AUGGGGGGAAUUGAGGAUAUAAAACACGAUUUAUCCAGCAUUAAAGCUUCUAUUGCUGAAUUGGAGUCUCGAGUCUCUGCUAAUGAGUCCAAGAUAACUGCUUUACAGCAAGACGUCCAAUCACUUAAAGAUUGCCCUCUAACUGAAAAUCUAGAAUCAAUACUGGAGGAAUCUAAUGACAGAGCUCGUCGUGCCAAUAAUGUUAUUGUGUAUAGCUUAUCUGAAAGCAAAAGUGGCGAUGUGGCUAUGAGAGCUGUCAUUGAGUUCUUGAGAAACUUUGAUGAAAACGUCCUUCGUGGCAUCGAUCCCGACUUUGCUGAUGUAAGAGUGUCAAGAGAUCGCACACCCCGUGAACGUGAUCAUAUCAACUUGAGGGACCAGCUCAAAGUGCGCUCAGAGAAGGGAGAGAAGAAUCUCACUAUAAGAACUAAAAUUCAAGAUAUCAAACAGUCCAUCCCUGUUUCUGUAUACGAUAUUGUAGUCUUGACUGAGACCAAUCUGAGUGAUGACAUAUCCUCAGCCGAGCUCGGCCUUUCUAAUUUCAAAGUAUUUCGUUCUGAUAGAUCUUCUGCCUCAAGUUCCAAAUCUAGUGGUGGUGGAGUAUUGGUGGCUGUGAAAAAUUCAAUAAUGGUUACCGAACUUAAGUUUUUGAGUACUGGUCCUGAUUAUGAUGUGGUACUGCUGGUUGGUGAUUUUAAUCUCCCUGAUGUUAAUUGGUCUGACAUGUCUCCACCUGCCAGCAAUAAGUCAUCUCAGCUAUUGCGCGACCUGAUGUCCUUGCACCGACUGUAUCAGAUUAAUAGAGUUCUUAAUGCUCGAGGGGUUAUGCUUGACCUUGUAUUCAGCAGUGAUGAGAAGUGUCUCGUCUCUCCUGCCUCUGAUCCUGUCUUGCCUUCUGAAGCUGCUCAUCCUCCUCUUCACAUCGAGGUACCCGUACAAACCUCAUACUCCAUUGAAGAGAGAGGCGGUGUGUGUAGAUUUCCAUCAUGGUUUUCUCCUGAGUUGAGGAGUGCUGUCAUGUGCAAAAAGAUCUUGCACAGAAAAUACAAGGCUACUGGUACCUAUGGGCAUUAUUUAGAAUUCCAGAGGGCCCGACACCAUUGUAAGAAGCUGAGUGACCUUUGCCAUGCAACAUACAUGGAGCGAGUUAACAACUCUAUUCCCCUAAAUAUCAAGGCUUUCUGGAGUUUUGUCAGGAACCUGAAAUCUGAGUCUACCAGAGCAAAUGAAUAUUUCUCGGAUGAUCAACGUGAAUCUAGUCCUGAGGGUAUAUGUAACCUAUUUGCUGAUUAUUUUGCAUCCGUAUAUAGACCUUCGGUUGACCUCAUCCCUCAGUUUGACUUCUCUACCCAGAUCAAUAUGUCGUCUUGUUUGUUUAGGGUUGAGGAUGUGGAGAGAAAACUUUCUUCAUUGGACACUUCCAAGGGAACUGGGCCUGACUUGAUUCCUCCAUCCGUCUUGCGCUUCUGUGCUCCCAUUAUUGCGCCUCAACUUACAGUCAUCUUCAAUAGAUUACUUGAGGAUGGUAUAUUCCCUGAUGGACUUAAGAGCUGUUUUAUUGUGCCGAUUCAUAAGUCGUCUGAUCCUUCUGAUGUCCACAAUUACCGACCUAUUGCUAUUCAGCCAGUUCUGGGGAAGAUUUUCGAAAGCUUAGUUCUUGACUAUGUGAGCUUCCAAUUCAAAAAUAUCAUAGCGCCGCUGCAACAUGGCUUUGUCCGGGGUAGGUCAACAGUUAGCAACUUGGUUGUUUAUGUGGAUUACAUUUUGUCUGCCUUCUCGAGUGGCGUCCAGGUCGAUAGUGUUUAUAUUGCUUUUAGCAAAGCUUUUGAUGCUUUCAGUCAUGGGCACCUUCUGGCCAAACUUCACGGUUAUGGUAUAUGUGGUAGCCUACUUUCUUGGUUUCACUCCUACUUAAGUGAUAGAACUUUCCUAGUUAGUUUCGCUGGCGCCCUGUCAAGACCUUUCACCGCCAAUUCUGGUGUCCCUCAGGGGCCACGCCUGGGCCCCUUUCUCUUCAAUCUCUAUAUUAAUGACUUGGUCAAGUCAUUAAAUGUUGACUGCCUAAUGUUUGCGGAUGAUGACAAGGUCUUCCGUGCUGUUAGGGACCCUUCUGACACUGAGAGACUGCAGAUGAACCUAUGCUUAAUUGAGAACUGGUGCAUCACUAACGUUAUGAGCAUAAAUGCCGCCAAAUGUUUAUUGGUUUCUUUCACUCGCUCUGCCCAACUUCUUGUGGUAUCUGACUACGUGCUCAAUGGAACUGGAACUGGAAUCUCGCAGUACAAUCGUCCGUGA